AUGCUCCUUGUCGGCGAUUAUAAGCGUGUCUUCAACUCUGAUAAGGACACUAAAAAUGCUCUCGGAAUUCUUGUCCAAUGUCUCAAUGAUUACUACAAGGCGUGCCACUACGCCACUUUAUCCGCCACCAAGUCACCAUGCAACGUCUACGAGAUGCUCUGCUGGCUGACAGGCCUUAAGUACAACAGUGUCUAUGAUAAGUUGCGUAAAUGCAUUAAAUUGUGUUACGAUGAGCAGACGAAAAAUAGCCUACAUCCCACCACUGUUGUUGCCGACGCUUUAGUGAACGCCGUUGACAGGCUCGCCGCAGACUCUCCCAGCAUCCUCACCAGGGUGCUCGGCUUUGGUGACGCUAUGACAACCUACGCCUGUGACUUUCAUAACAACUCCACGCAACUGUAUUACCCGCAGGACGGCGACUAUUGCCUCCAUCUGCUGCUUCACAUCUUCCGCCUAGUGUUCCCCGUGCUCAGAUAUCUGUUCACUCAGUGCUCUCUCCCCGCUCACCACGGCGGCUGGGCGGAGUGCAGGUACGGCAAGGGUGUCCCACCAUACACGUGGCAGUGCGCUCCUCCACUCACCGCCCUGCCCAACCCUCACCCGGAGUGCUCGAUAAAUCGCCCCUGA